UUUUAGGACUGGUAUUAUUCAAGAUAGUAUUUGCAAAAGGAAACACAGAUCAGGAAUGAUUCCGAAUCAGACGAACAGGCAUUCCAGAAUGAUUAUGAAUGAUCCAGAUGCAGAUGACGGGCUUCCUACUGAUGAUCCUUAUCCAUAUUAUUUCCAUGGAACUGUUGUUGUUGGAUUUGGUCGUGGUGGUCGAAAGCUGGGUUGUCCUACUGCAAAUUUGGAUGAUACUGCCAUUGCACGUCUACCUCCACAUUUCCCGUGCGGCGUCUUUUACGGUUUCGCAAAUGUCAAUCAUGGUGAAGUAUAUGGGAUGGUAACAAGCAUCGGAUGGAAUCCACACUUCAAAAAUGAACGAAAAACAAUUGAAGUUCAUAUACUUCAUGAUUUCGACGAAGAUUUUUAUGGUGCCGAAGUCCGUGCUGUUUUGGUUGGGUUUAUGCGCCCUAUGGUUGCAUUCAAUUCUUUGGAUGAACUAAAAACCGCUAUAAAUAAUGAUAUGUCAACGGCAAAGGGUUUGCUGUCAGCUCCUGAAACGAUAUUCUACAAAAACUCGGAUUUCUUUUCUCAGUGAUUUGCUAAAAAUGGUUGACAAUCCACAGAUUCGUCCCGGAAGUCUGUGUUGUACACAUUCAAUGCUGUCCUAUCGUGGAAUAGAUUUUGCUAAUGAAAGAUAAUCUAAUCUUAAAUAUUUACACUUUCUGGUAUUUCAUACUUUAUAAUUUAUAUUGAACGAUUGAUUUGGCUUUUUUUAGAUACUUACAAGUAAAAUUCCUUCAACAUAUACUUUCAUUUGCUUUGCGCACCGAUUUUUCUCACUGAUUUGAAGGUAUGAUUAUAAAUAAAAUGGUUGGUUGCAUCGUUGAAGUAUAAUAGUUAGUAUGUCGUAUUUUUCAUGUUUUUUUAGUCAUAGUUCUAUUGAUGUGCAUUUUUUUUUCCUGUGUAUAUUUCAUUUUUUUUUUAUUUUUUGAACAGAGUAACAUCUCAACAUGUUGCCAAUAUUUCUGUUAUUGUUAAAAAACUCCGUUCAUAAUUCUUGAAGUCUUUGACUGAUGCUUUAUUUCUCUAGCUCUUUCAUCUUCCUCAUGCAUAUCCUACAAUUAACUUUCAAAUUUGUAUCCUUAAUUAUGAUAUGGCAAACAAUCUACUAAUAACAUAACCUGUAUGCGGUGAUAAUCUCGUGUUCUUUCGGAUUUUCAUAUCCAAUUCGCAAAUAAUUUUUUACGUUAACAGAAAAAAAAACUCGACCAUGAUGUGUUCAUAUCAUCAGAAUUGAUCAAUGUAAUGUUAUUAUCGUGUUUCUUUUUCACCGUAAAGUGGUACUUGAUGUGUUUUAUCGAUAGGAUGCUCACACAAACUAGUUAAACGUGUUGUGAUAUUUUGGCUAGGACACAUAUGUUGCUCUUAUAACUUUACAGCAUUGCAAACAACACAUUCUCAUCUUUCCAACUCACUGAAUGCUCAUCCCAUUACGGGUUGACGAGGAGUUCGGGAGUGCAGUACAUGUCGUGGAAGUUUCAUCAUUCCUACUCAUCGUCCUUCAUCGUUAUCAUCACA